GUAGGCUUAAGGUGAACUUGAACCGUGCUGCUGCCACAAAACUCUUUGUGUGUGUGUGUUGUUCAUACUGUGUACAUGUUAUUUAUAUUGUGUGAGUGAUGUGUCGGCUGUGCCUCUGCUCCCUGUAAUGAGUGACGAGGACGUGGAUCUGCAGAGCUGGGGCUGGACUGACCUCUCCAGCUACUCCUCGGCGGUGUCGGACUUGGAGAAGGAGCAGCAGAUUGCCUCCUUCCUCCAGACCAGAAUCAUGUCCAGACGCAGCCUGCGGCUCGACGAUGGCCUGUUGGACCGCGGUCUGCCGCACGCCAGCGCCUCCUUCAGUGUAGGAGGAGGGAGCUGGAGGAGCACCAGGUCUCUGAAGUCUCGUCGUUCUCAGCACCACUCAGUCUCCUGCUCGGAGUCUGUCCUCAUGCACACUCCUCGUAAACCGGCUGGCCAGUCGCUCCACAACAGCAGCACCCACAGCGUGGCCUCGGACGCCUCUCUGCUCUCCUCCCUGCUGGACGAGUCCUCCAUCCAGGAGGCCACACUGGUCGACACCUUCUGGGGUUUGGACAAUAACGUUGAUCCUAAAGAAAGCACCAUCAUAGCGGAGCAGAGCAGCGUCCUGGCAAACAGCACUCUGAUUGGUCCAGACAGCCACUGCGCCAAACACCCGGUGCAGACGCUCAGCCAGGUUUACUGUAAAGACUGUGAGCUGCACUCGGACAGGAAGGAGUCUGUGACCACUUACCGCUCCUCCUCCGAGUACACCACCACCACGUCCUCCUUGGUGACGGGGCCGCGGCCCUCGGACCACAGAGAGCCUGAAACGUCCACCGUCUACUGCCGAGACCGGGGCCGCAAGAGCAGAACAGUUCAAUCCGGUCACUGUGGAGUCAUGAGCCUCAAGGAGUCGACCACGAACCAGGAAGAGCUUCAUCCCAAUGGAUCUCUGUGUGAGGUGUUCAGGUGGCUUGGCAGACGAUGGCAUCACAUGGCCACCAGCUUCCUCCUGACUCGGUUCCCUCUGCGGCUCUUCUUGGUUCUCCUCCCUCUGCUGCUUCUCCUGUUCAGCCUGUGUUGGUUCGGUCCAGCUGUUCUACAGUCCGUCCUUCCAGCUGUGAACGUCACAGAGUGGAGGACAGCGGUCUCUGACGUCCCCGGUCUGUCCCCCGUGUACAGCUUCAUGUCCGCUCAGAGCCAAUCAGCUGAGGCCGCUGUGGAGGAGUCGAGGGAGGUGCCGCCAUACGUGGAGCCGCUCUACAGUCGACCUCCGGCAGCAGAGGAGGAAGAGUUGGCCCGGCUCAUUGGUCUGGAGCAGAGUCUGACGGCGCUGUGGGAGCGUGUGGAGGCCGGAGGGCGGCGGGCGGAGCAGAGACACAGGGAGGUUCUCCGGCUGUACACUGACCUCCAGCAGCAGCAGCAGCUGGCCUCUGCUCGGGGCAGGGAGGACGGCGUGGAGCCCUGGCUGAGCGGCCUGCUGGACCAUCAGCUGUCCCAGCUCAGGAGGCGACUGGAUGAGGAGAGACGGCAGAAGGACCAGAUUCGACAGCAGGAUUUGUUGCAGCAGCAGAGUCAAACGUCUCGUCUGCAGCAGCUGGAGCUGCAGCUGCAGGCGCUGGCUGCCGAAACAGAGGAGAUGCAGUGGAGACGAGAAGCUGCUCCAACAGCCUCACCUCCACCUGCAACACUUCCAGCUGCCGUCAGUGCCGGCGUGGACCGUCAGUCCCACGAUGCCCUGCUGGCGCAGGUAGCGAGGUUGGAGGUGGCUCUGGGGGAUAUGAGGCGGGAUGUCGAGGGUCUGUCUGGGUUCGAGGACAGCUGUCGACGUCUCAGUGGAAUCCAGCAGACGAUCUCAGCGCAGGUCUCCACUCAGGUCCGUGAGGAGGUCCGGGCUCUCGUCUAUGGGAACCAGUUGACAGUGGGGGGCGGGGCAGACGCCAACACCCUCCCACAGUCGCUCCUCCAGUGGCUGUCGCAGCAGUACGUAAGCGGGGCCGACCUGCAGGAGGCGCUGGCCUCUCUGGAGCUCAGGAUCCUGCAGAACAUCAGCCUGCAGCUGGAGCAGCGGCGAAGCGAGGAGGUGGUCAGAGAGGCCGCCAUGCAAACCCCUGGAGCCGCUGGGGCCACCGUAACCCAGGAGGAUGUCCAUGUGAUCGUGGAGAACGCUCUGCGGCUGUUUUCUCAGGACCGGACCGGCCUGGCCGACUACGCUCUGGAGUCUGGAGGGGGCAGCAUCCUGAGCACUCGCUGCUCCGAGGCGUAUGAGACGAAAGCCGCUCUGCUCAGUCUCUUCGGAGUUCCUCUCUGGUAUUUCUCUCAGUCUCCUCGAGCAGUAAUCCAGCCGGACAUCCAUCCUGGAAACUGCUGGGCCUUCAGAGGCUCCACAGGCUUCCUGGUGAUCCGCCUCUCCAUGAGGAUCCUUCCCACCGCCUUCUCCCUGGAGCACAUCCCCAAAGCCCUGGCACCCAGUGGGACGCUGCGCAGCGCCCCCCGACGCUUCGACAUCUACGGUCUGGAUGAUGAAAGCCAGGAGAGAGGGAAGCUGCUGGGCACUUACACCUAUGAUGAGGAUGGAGAGGCUCUGCAGACCUACCCCGUCACUGAGGAGAACGAUCAAAGCUUCCAGAUCAUCGAGGUGCAGGUGUUGUCCAACUGGGGUCAUCAGGAGUACACCUGCAUGUACCGCUUCAGAGUGCACGGGACGCCCAGCGACGUGUGAGGACGCUGCGCAGACUAAUGUUGGAUUAUUUAAUACCCAGUGCAGAGAUGACGGAGACGCCGUCCAACAUCGUUUUUGCUGCUCUUUCCUCGACGUGUUUCCUGCUUCAGCCACUCGCCGCUAACGGUGCCUAAAUAACUCUGAAUCAAUUUAUUGAAUUGAUCGUCUCAACAGUGACUAAACUCACUUCCCUCCCUUCAGACCUAAUGUGAUCUGUGUUGCCAUUUUCCUGUGGAAAACGAACAAACUGACGGCUCUGAGUGUGAUGUUGAAGUUUUCUGUCAAUAAUUAAUAUUUUUAUAUCGGUGUUGUUUUGUAUUUGCUGUGUUUAAAAGUCCUUCUCACUGUUGGUUUUUCAUGUUUUAGCCCAUUAUUCUUUUUAUUGUUUACAUUAACGUUAUCCCGGUGUGAGCAGUUUUAAAGGGUGGGCUCACACUUUCUUCAAGAGUAUCUUAAUACAGCCCUCGCAUGCCCUUGUGUGUAUCAAAACAUUUUUAGUCAGGUGAAGAUAAUAUCGUGUUGAGACAAUGAAAUGAGGCUCCUCCAGAGUUUUGGUGUUUUCUAAAAUAAUCCACGUUCUGUGUUUUCCUGUUGAGCCACGACAGGAACACACUUACAGAAAGGAGAAUUUCACACUAAAAGAUUUGAACUUUGGAAGAUAUGGUUUUUAGCUUAACCCUGAGCUGUAUGGUUAUUACACAUAACGCCGUCACUUCUUCUGUUUUAAUCUCUUCACAGCCAGAAUGAACUCUUACACCGGAGUGUCCUUGAAUGCAACAACAGGAGGGCUUUUAAAAUGGCUCAACACAGCGGCAGCACUGAACAACGAUAAUGUGCCUUUGUUCCUCGUUAGUUAAGUCUAAGGAAAUGUUUUGCACUGAUGGAUUUAAUGGCUGUAUCUGUAUUUAUUUCUGUCUUCAGGUUAAUGGGAGACAAAGUCUUGUUUUUAUUACAGAUUCUCUGACUUCCAAGUGUGUGGGGACUUUUUUUUUUUUUUUUAACUUAAUAUGUAUAUUUGUGUUUUUUUGUAUGUGUUUUCAAGCUGGGCUUAUCAGAAUAAAGAUGUGAAAUAUAA